CUUGAUUAAGUGUAGAUACAUUUUUUUUAAAUCCUAGAUUUUACGUUAGAAUAUUAUUAUAAAAUGAUAUAUUUAACAAAAUGCCCCAUUUUUAUAAAAAAAUAUCUCAACAUCAAAUCUUAUAUGAAAGGAUGUUGAACGGCUGGGAAGUGGUCUUGAUUAGAGAAAUCUGGUUAUAGGCAGAGAGGCAUGUUUGAGGCUUGGCUGUGAAAUGGGUUGGUCUUAAGGGCCUAAUGAACAAUUAACUCAAGUAGAAGUAGAAGUAUUGGAAGAAAAACAUUUAUAUGGUGUAUUACAGUAUAUGUGCGUUAGUGUAUUGACUAUAUAGUAUAUACAGUAAACAAUUCAUAGUUAAAUUGUAACUUCUAUACCAAAAGUUGGCUGUCACGAGGUUGACCAAAGUAGUUAGUUAUGGGAGUCAUAUUCUGAUUUCCUCUCCUUAUCGUGUCCGCGAGUUUGACCGCUUAGGCAUUCUAGCACCGGUGUUGGUAAGAUUAGUUCAUGAUAUUUAUCCUGUAAUAGACUCAUAUACCGCGAUGCAAGGAACGCACGUGCAGGCUUUUACCAUGUCCCCGAUAUUCUGACUAAAAAACCCCAAAGAGAUCACGUAAUGUGUGAUUUAACUUUUCACGAUUAAACUUUGGGAACGAAUGCGCUUUACCGUACUAUUUUUUUUUUUAAAAACAUUUUAGAUUCUGAGUGUAGGAAUAAAUGUAUUAAUUUUACAAUGAUGUUUUCUUGCGUCUGCAGAAGAAAAUUUUUUAAUCUUCAAAUUUAAAAUUGUAUCUUGUUACUACUUACUUGAGCAAGUAACAAAAUAUUGGGAGAAAACUAAAAAAAAAUUACGGAGGAAGUAUAAUUUUCAUCCGAGUUUUACCCUUCUCGUCUAAAUUAUCAUUUCUCAGAAAAAAGCUUUCAAGUCUGCAGUCUAACAUAAUGUAAAAUAUCUAACUUAUAUAAAUUGUUAUAUAUAUAUUAUACUGUACAGUCUUAACUCCCCCCCCCCAACCUCUGUCCCCAGAGAUAAAUCCCUACGACACUGAGCAUAGGUAAAUUGUAGAUCGCGGUACGGUCGACGAUACGUUUUUCUCCGAAUUGUGUUACAUAUUCGUACAAACGACCACAGACAAUAAGGAUACGGAUAAAAAUGGAUAAAUCGGCCAAUCAGAAGCCGUAUAUAGUGUCGUCCUCGUGUGUCGUUUUUUUUAAUGUUAAUAUGUAUUAUACUUAUAUGUCAAAGGGAUAGUAAUGCGGUGGUGUGGUAUGUGUGUCGGCGUUGGCGGUCGUGUAUCGUGGUUAGCGUGUUUACAGAGUUUAGAGCGCGCAGCGGGAAAGUCCUCGUCCACGGCGAGCGCGCUGUCGCGCCGAUUGUUGAAGAUCUCAGUCACGCUGUCGUAUCGUAUCGGUUCGCAUGGCGCGCUCGUCCCGCGGGACUCGUGAUUUGUCCGUUACAGUUAAUAAUAAUAUGAACGAAAUAUGAUAAAACGUGUCGAUAACGAAUAUAAUACCACCCAUACGCAGUCGACAUCAUCGCGCUUUUACCUAAUAAAUUAUCGCACACAAUUGUCUUGCCGACAAAAAAAUAAAGAGACUUAUUCAUAAAAUAUUGUUAUAAUAAAAUCUAUAAUACCUAUAGUGUUCGCUCAGUUGGUAGGUUUAUACUCCAAGCCACGCUAAACCGCGACCACCAAGUGUUGUAUAGAGUCGAUAACAAUAAUAAUAUAUCUCGUAUAAGUACUUCGGCCGUGUGAGAAGAGAUUCAUUUUUUUUCUUGUCACGUUCUACUAUGGGGUAGUCUACUAGUCUCACCACAAUAUCGCGUACAAUGUCAUGUUCCUCCUUCGGAAUCGUAAAAUAAAUUGUUAUACCUAAAUAAUAUAAUAUAAACACCGCAUGCAUACGGUGUGUUCACACAGUCAAUUCGGAAUUCCGCUUUGCACCGAGUUUGUGGUUCGCCGCCGCCUAUCGUAUUAUUAUUAUUUAUUUUAUUAAUAAGUGUAGUACGGUCAAGGUUGUUGUUGUUGUCGCCGCCGCCGCCGCGUAUUGUAGGUAUACGCACGUAACGAUCACACGACUCUCGCCCUGUGUUUGUACCCUGACGACGUCGGCCGCCGUGGUGGUAGUGACGACCGACUAUACUACUACGACGACGACAACACUUCAAACAUGAUGGAUUGGGGUAUACGACGUUCGAUCAUGUUUCAUGUACGACGGAGGCCGGCCGAUUACCAUCCUAGAAAACGAAAAAAGAAACCAACACAAAAAUGGAACCAGCCAAACAGCACCAGUGAAAUGUUGGAAUACCGGUACGAAGAUGGAUUGGAUAGAUUGCCGUUUUUUUUAGAGCUCAAUGCUGACGGUAUGGAAAUGGUGAAUCCCAAACGGUACCGAAUUCAUCCCAACGUGACGGAAGUGGGUUGCGAAAGACAGAAUCAACCACCGAGUAAUGCUCAAUGUCUUCAAUUAAACGGUCCUAACAUCCAACCCCGGCAUUGUGUAAUCGCGCACACUGAGGGCAUCGUCACCGUGACACCCUGUAGCAGGGACGCAGAGACGUAUGUCGGCGGGCAACGGAUAUUCGAAACUACUAUACUUCAGAACGGGUCAAUUGUGAAAUUCGGACGACUGAACAGUCUUAGGUUUUUGGACCCGUGUUAUGACGAACGGCCGCGGCCUCGUAACAAUUCGCUUAGAAACGUUCAAGACUACUACGACAGUGGGUCGGUAGACAACACCCAGCACUCAACUGUUAUGCAACAAAACUUUGAGACAACUUUUGACGUGGACGGUAAUAUUGAAACACGCUCCACUUCUAGCCAAGGGAAUAAGGACGAUACUAGAUCGCAGAGAUCUAUCACGAGCAGCCGCGAUGGCAAUCGAUUGUCCGCCGUGUACGGCCGCACCAGCACUGCCCCGGUAGCAGACAACAUUUUACCCUGCGUCCUGGAAGUGCGGGAAGAGACUGAAGAAGCGUGGAUCCACGCGGUCACCGUGGAUGUUGAUCCGUCGACGUUGACGUUCAAACACGCUCCCGCUUAUUGUCUAUACCUAUUAGCUAGGUAUAGGGCGUCGACUUCGUAUCGACCUGAUGUCACACCAAUGGAACGAGCUAAUCGUUUAUCAUUGACUUUCGGUAAAGUCGCCACUAUACUCUAUACUAUGAUACAGGGAAAACAAAAUGAUUUGACUUCACUGUCAUUUUGGCUCGCAAUUGUCACUGAAUUACGACAAUUUUUACACAGCGAUCGCCAUUUGUCCAAUUUUUUGACAGAGACCAUUGAAAUGCUUCAUGACACCCAGCAAGCGGCCAUGCGAUUUAUCGUUGAGUGUAUACUGGAAGAACUGAUGUCAGUGUUGCCCGACAUUUUUGCAGAUAACACAGAUGCCGAUAAUGAACAUUUACCCGCUAAUUCGAUCGUCAGUAAGCUUGGUACGAUGAUGACCACACUUCGCGAAGGCCGUGUUAAUGCGUCUCUGACCAUCCAAAUCUACAAUCAAGUAUUUAGGUUCAUCAACGCUUGGGCGUUUAACCGCCUGAUCACCGCCGACACGAGUUACUACACCCGCGCAUGGGGAGCGCGUUUGAAGUCUCGAAUAGGACGUCUGCAGGCGUGGGCCGAAAGACAGGGUUUAGAAGUUUCCGCCGACUGUCAGUUGGCGUUGAUUUCUCAAGCUGCAGAUUUGCUGCACGCGCCAAAAUACACUGGCGAAGAUUUGGCAAGCAUCACUUCCACGUGUUUCAAGCUUAAUUCCCUCCAGCUCAAAGCCCUAUUGGUUAAAUACCAACCAGCACCUGACGAACCAAGACUGCCUCACGAACUCAUCGACAAUGUUGUUCGGGUUGCCGAAAACUUGGCCGAUGAACUAGCCCGAUCGGAUGGCCGUGAAAUACGACUGGAGGAAGAAGACGAACUCAUGAUCACGUUUGUACAGCCCGAAGAAGGGUUCAGCUACGAGGUGGCUAGAGGUGUCCCCCCGGGUCUCAUCGAAUUUAUUCAACCUCUCCAGCAAGCUGGUAUGUGUCGCCUGACACUUCACUCAAACGCGUCUGGACUGUGGACCGUCUACUUUUUACCAAACGCCCGAAGUCCUAGUGCGUUAAGUAAUAGGAGUGGUGGUUAUACCAUGCAAGCACCUGAACCGGACGUACAAACAAUACGGUUGCACAAGUCUAACAACGGAAUGGGCUUGAGCAUUGUGGCGGCAAAGGGUGCUGGUCAAGAACGAUUAGGAAUUUACAUAAAAUCCGUAGUCAAAGGAGGCGCUGCGGACGCGGACGGAAGACUUCAGGCGGGCGAUCAACUGUUAAAAGUUGACGGACAAAGUCUUGUCGGCAUCACUCAAGAAAAGGCUGCGGAGUAUUUGGUGCGUACAGGACCGGUAGUGUCAUUAGAAGUAGCCAAACAAGGUGCUAUACACCAUGGCUUGGCUACGUUGCUUUCUCAGCCGUCUCCCGUCAUGACUAGAGAUUCCGUCCGUAGGGUAAGGCCAAUAUCUGAUUAUCAGCCCCGUGUAAAAGCGAAUAUUCCGCAAGGCAGUUUAUCGAUGCAUGACAUACAUGAAUGUAGCGACGAAGAGGUGAUAACUACUUGGAUGACGGACAUACUAUCUUUAUCAGGUCCUCGUCGUAUGAGCGAACGGGACUUACCGUCUCGGGUGUUGAGCGAACAACAAAACAUCAACUCCAGAGGUCCACCACCUCACCAUCAGUCACAAAUUCAAAGUUCGAAAUCCGUCCCUUCUCUCCACAGCGUUGAAGGGGCUAGCACAGCCAUACCUCCCGUAGUCGGUAGACCACCAACUCAACACGAAGUAUUUAAUCCUGGAUACAAUCGCACUUCAACCACAUAUAAUCUUCAUCAACAAAAUACACUUAGAUCUCGGUCUAGCCAAAAUCUAAAUGAUCCUCGUCCACACUCCCAAAUGGCCAUUCGUCAACCAUCUAAUCCAAAUCUCUUAAAUGGAAACUAUCAUCCAGAAAGAUCACCAUCUGUACAUCCAAGUGUUUAUCAACCCCAACAGCAUCCUGCAUAUCAACAGCAUGUACAGCAACAGCUAUUGAUGCAACAACAAUAUAAUAGUCCUACUCCAGAAGCGACUAGUGAACGCUUUUAUCAAAAUGUUAACCAAAUAUACAGAAAUCAAGACCAAAAUGGAUAUGGUCCAUCUGGUAAAUUGCCAAGUCCUCCUGACGAAAGAACUCCGAAUCAAUUGCAAAAGAGUUUCAGAGGAUCGCAAUCAUCGUUGCAAAGCAGACAAAGCUCAGAUGCGACACAACAUCUGAAAGACAGACCCACGUCAGCUUAUAUAUCUAAUAAGGAUACUUACAAUUUACAGAACCAAGGAAUGACAAUGCGUUCUCAAUCAUCACGGGAUAUGUUAAGGCAGGAUGCAAAAUUACAAGAGAUGACAGAAGAAGUUCGUAGACGUGAAAUGAGAUCUAGUGGAGUUAUGUCUCCUCACCAAUAUGCUACACAACAGAGACCACCAUCUAAUCGUGCUCAGCCAUAUCACGGUUACCAGGAAGCCAAGCCUACCCCAUAUCUUGGAGAUCAAAUAAAACCACAACAAGAUAUGGUUCGUUCUCAACAAUUUAAUCAGGCAAUGAGAGCUACAAUUCCUGAGCCCAUGCCACCCGCCUACAGAGAAUCACCACCACCGCCUCCUCCACCACCAACCUCGACUCACCCAUUGUACCAGACAAGUCCACCACGCAAUGAGCCUAACCGAUAUAUGGCCAGUGGUGGUGAACCACCCAGAGGUGGUUUCUAUCAGACACCUACAGAGCCAUCUAAGCAAUACCCAUAUCAGGGAACUAAUCCGUGGCAAAGAGAAGAAAAAGAAAAAGAAGCAGAACGUAGGAGAGAAGCUGCUAGAAUGUGGCGUGAUCAACAAAUGAGCGAACUCGUAGCACUUGGACCAAACAGAACUGUUAGCCAAGAAGAACAGUUGCGAGCUCUAAGGUUAGAGAAGGAAUUUGAGCGUAGGGCUCAAGAAGAGGGAGAAGAUGAUGAUGACGAUGAUCAAGAGGCAAAUGAAAGAGUUCAACAGUUGAUGCGAAGUGCCCAACAACAAAGUGAUAGGAGACCACCCGCAAAUACGGUUCGGACUCCAAACAAUAAUUUUAAUUACAUGAAUGGUUCGCAAAGAGGUCCACAACCUGUACCAUCUAAUGGAAUUAAUGAUGAAAAAGAACGGUUAAGAAGACUAAAAGAAAUGAAAACAAAACAAGUGGAAAUGGAAGCUAUGAGGGAAGCAGAAUUAAAACUUAAAAAAAAGGAGGAGGAACUCAAGUAUCAACAACAACAGCAACAGCUAUCAAAUCAAUCAUAUAAUAACAAUACGCCUAAUAGACUUAACCGCUCUGUGAAUCCACCCAACAACUUAUCGUUAGAUAACUCUGGUUAUGGUUAUAGCUUGGCUUCACAAGGAAGCUUACCAUCUCAACGAUUGGACAAUUUGCUGGGUGGUCCUAACAACAAUGACCCUCCACAGCCCCCCGAACGUGGCUCUUCAUAUGCUAUCAUGAGUCAAGUGGAUACUACUAAAGCAACUACACCUAGACCUCCAGUUCUCACAUCAACACCAAAUGGAGUAAUAACUACACCAAAUGCAAACACCACACCCAAACGUGUAUCAUUCCAAGAUCCUACAUCAAUGCCGCCCUCACCACCAUCCCCAACGUUGGAGAAAAUUAUGGAAGACCCUGAUAACUUCAUUGAUCAGGCCGAAACAAUGUUAGCAUCACCACGAAGUCCAGACAUUCAGUUCACCAGUGGUAAUACACCAGGUGUGAUUGGAUCACAAGAAGUAUACAGGGAUCCAAGACAGCGUUUACUAGCUGAGCAACAAAAACAACAAAUGUCUAAUAAAGCAGGUAGUACGGUGCCAGAAAAAUUAAGUUUUAAAGAGAAAAUGAAAAUGUUUGCAAUGGAAACCGGUGAAGAUGGUACGCCUAAAGAUAAAGUAAAAAUAUCUAAAGCUCAACGAGAGAUUGAUAACUUAGGAGCAUCAAAUACACCUUUGACUAACUAAAUAAUAAUAUAUGAACAAUAUUUCUUAGAAAUGCACUUAAACAUCCCAUUAAAGUUUAGUAAUUUUUUUUUUUUUACAUAAAGGUUUACUGGAAUCUUAAUUAUUACAUUUAAGUAUUUCAUUUUUUUCUUUAAUCAUCAUCAUAUUAUAUUUAAUAAGUACAAGUCUUAAAUUUGUGAUUUAUUAUAGUUGAAUAUUAAACUAUAGUUUAUUUUCUAUUAUAUUGUAUUGUUAUAUUGUUGAGAGUAAUAGCGUUUAAAUUAUUAUCGUUGAAUAGUUGUACCAUCGUGUUUUAUUUUUUAAUUUUUGCUACUUUAUAUAAAGUAUCACACUAUAUUUUUUCGAUAUUCGAGUUUCGAACAAUUUCAAUAACAAAUUUGUUCACAAAUUAUUCAAGAACUACUUAGAGCAAUACAUUGUAUACAAUAUAUUUAAGAAUUAAUAUUGUUAUCUAUACAAUCAAACAUUUCAUAUUAU